UAGAGUAUUGACUAACGGGCGUUACAGGAAGCUUAUGAUCAUGAAGCUUUGCUGCUGUUCUGUCUGUACACUUUACCCACAGUUCAGCACAUCGAGGCAUUAUUAUUCCUUUGCUUAAUAAGCUCACCGGUAGUUUCCUAGAUUAUGGAUUUUCUGCAAAUGCCGCUGUGUAUUUAUUUACAACAAUAAUUUCUGUACAAUGGUUUCAAAGCAAAUAUUGCGGCAUUAACUGGAAGCUUUUGCUAGUACAUUCACCAACUAUUUUGUGCAGAAUCAGUCUUUACUGCACAAUUUAAAUAUCAGUUAUACCAGCCAUAUUAUGCGGAAAGAAUAUUUUCCGUGUAUUGGCCGGAAGGCGCCAACUCGUCCAACAGUGACAAGCACCGGAAAUCGGAUGCCGUAAUCGUGACGGUGCAUGUCUUUUUUGAUCCCUUAAUUAGGAUUAUGCGAAGAUGCGGUUUCCUAACGACACACGAAAAAGAUACAUCACCAACUCGAUGUCAAAAGCAUUCUCAUGGACUUCUGUACACUGUACGCACUGGUUUUCUUGUGUUAGUCUGGAUAUGGACAGCCAUUAUGACAAUCAACAUUUUCUACAGAGCCAUAAUUUCAUCCGGACACAGUAGUCAAGGCAGCCCAACCCAUAACACGAUUAUCGAACUGUUGGAGGAAAGCCCGUAUUCGUUAAUAACUGUGAGAUGUUCCCUUAUAUUAUCCAUCUUUAUGGCUAAUGCCCCCAAACUUGUGGAAGCCGUACACGAAUGCGCACAAUUACAAGCGAAAAUUCUACUUUCCGGUGGGAAUAUUUCUUUAUAUAAAUUUCGUCAUCGUCCAAAAUUGUUUAUCUAUACGACCAUUAUUGUGAUACUGUCCUGGGAGGCGUAUGAAUGGUCGGUGUGGUUUUCGACAAACGGCAUCAAUGCGAAAUGGGACCUCAGUCCACUUCCGGUGGUGAUACGACACUGGCAUUACGCCAUCUGUUGGUCAGUGUUCACAACGAUACCUUUUAUUUUAUCCCAGCUGGUGCUGUGUUUUCCUGUAUUCUUUGCCUAUGUUCUGAGGAAACUGUGCCGGUAUGUCAAUAAAGAGUUGGCGAAAUUGGCCGAAGUGGCUAAAUUGGCGGAUAACGUGGAAGAGGAUCGUGUGCAGUGUGGUCAACGAUUGUCUGGACUGCGCGCCGCCCAUUACGACAUUAAUAAAACUUUCAAUAAAGUCCAUAAUGCUGUUGCACCUUUAUUAUUGAUUCAAUUUAUGGCUGACGUCAUCGUGCUGUUCGGAUUUCUGGGCUUGCUGGUUAACAGCCGGAAUAAGAAUCCGCCGGUACCCACGUUGGAAUGGGUGUUGUAUGUUCUGAGCUCCUUGCUGUGGUUCUUCUUCUUCCUUUUUCACUUUAGCUUCCCUCUUAUACAUAUGGCCGAAGAGGCAGAAAGGUCACACCAGUUGGUACAUUCAUUAACCUUCGCCUCGCCAAAAUUAUUCAAGGAACGAUUUGAUGAUAUCAGAACAUUCCUUAACGAAUUGCGCGGCCAUACAUUGGUUUUCACCGGCGGUCACUUUUAUUACCUAAAUCGGCAUUACAUUGUUACCUGUGUCGCCUUAACGGCAUCUUACUUGACGAUAUUAUCGGAAAUAUUGGAUCGCUACUAUAGCACCGAGGAAAUUAAAGCAACUAUGAGCAAUAUAGCUAGCAUGUUGAAGAAUGCCACGAAUGCCGGUUUUGUAAUACCACUAUCUGCUCUAAAAUCAGCAGCAUCUGUCUUAGAACACAAAGAUGAAUUGUAAA